AUGAAUGUUGUUGUGACGACCAAGCUGAAAAGCGACGGCACGUUGGUUCGAGUGCGUGCAAGAGGGGCUUAUGGACGAUGCCAUUACUUCAGAUUGGUGCCAAGCAUGUACGACUACGUGCUGGUGAGCAAUCCGAGAAACUCAUCUGUGGGCUCAGGGCAUUCGUCAGCUCGUCAAUCACCGUGCUCAACACCUGAUCCGAAAAGGAAACCCGAACAGCGG